AUGGGGUACCAUCUUGCCACAUAUAUUGCUGAAGCUGAUGCCAAUAACUGUUCAAGUUCCAAUUCACAAGCUUCUUGGUGGAAGUUCUUUUGGUCCUUACAACUGCCACAAAAAGAUAAGAUCUUUGUUUGGCGAGUUAUCCACACUGCACUACCGGUUGCUACCUCUUUGGUUAGGCGAAAGAUCAUCACAAAUUCAACAUGUUCGAUUUGUAAAUCAGCUUGGGAAUCUAUUGGUCAUGCACUAUUCGGCUACAAAUUUGCAAAAGUUGUAUGGCAAAAUAUGAACUUGAAUUUGGAUUGGAAAAGAAAUCGCAUUGUUCUUGGUUUUACAGCCAAACCAGCAUCGACACUUGCUUCUUUUGCUGUCAAUUAUUUAACAAAUUUCAAAGCAGCCAAGAACAAGUAUCAUGAAGCUACCAGUAACAGUGCUCAUACACCAAAACCAGCAGAUGCUAAUCCUACAUGGAAACCGCCUACUGGAAGGGAUUUGAAGCUGAAUGUGGAUGCCACUCUUGAUGCCAAUCAUAACAUUAUUGGAAUUGGGGUUGUUGUUCGUGACUCUACAAGCCAAGUUCUUGCUACACUUGCUAAACCCAUAUUCGUCAAUUUUGCUUAUCAUGAAAUGGAGGCUAAGGCUAUAUUUUAUAGUCUUAAUUGGGUGUUACAAUUGCAAUUGUCAAUUGCAAUAGUAAAGAGUGAUGCUUUACUUGUAGCAAAUGCCUUACGAAUGGGAUCUUAUGCAAAUACUUCCUACAAUAAUUUAAUUAUUGAUGUUUCUAGUCUUUUAUUCUUUUUCCCUCAAGUGAAUGUUGUCUAUGCUAAACGUUCAGCCAACAAGGUUGCACAUAAUUUAAUUAAGUUUGCUUUAGAGGUGGAUGAGACUUGCUCUUGGUUGGAGGAUUUAUCUCCACCGUUUUACUCUGUUAUUGUAAAUGACAUACACUCUUAA